GAUGUGGAUGGGGGGUUCUCUGCUUGUCCAAAUAACAUAAUGAUAGGUGACUGAAGUAGAAUAUGAAAUAAGGAAUUGAUUUGUAAUGAAUUGUUUUUAGUGCGUGUUUAUCGUCUUCUCAGUUUUAAAUUUGUAGGCUAGUACAUGACUUAAGCUGAAAUAAGGGGAUUACUUUUUUCCUACACACACACACACCGAGUGUGUGAAAUGGGUUGCUUUUAAUAUAGAUUCACCAACGUUCAUUCUUUGGCCUGAUUUAUGGUUAAUAAGCUGGUGGUCUCAACUGUGUGCUCUUCAAGGCCCCCUAGCGUGGACUCAAUCUGGCAACCCUGUAUGCGGCUGUCCCCCUGCGGGCUAAAUUUAACGCUCCGCUCGCCAUACAAGGUCGCGCUGCGCUCCGCAGAGUCUUCAGCAUUAUUUUUGGCCUCUGCGCUCCCGCACUCCGCUCCGCCGCCCCGCACCGCACCGCACCGCCGCUCUGCCCGGAAUUUUGCCCACUUUCGGAGUUGAGUCCCUUCUAUCUCACUAUAUUUGUUUUUCCUCCCUUGCAAAACAAAUUUGGAGUUUGAGAGUGCACCCAAAACGACAUAAAUCCAGGGGGGAAGCAGGCCUACGGGACAUUCAGAACUCGUCCACAAGUCAAUCCCGGAUCCAGUCAGGAUGUCAGGAGUCAUACAAGUGCAACAGGAGCAGCAGCAACAGCAGCAGCAGAGGAAUCUGGAGACUCACUAUGAAAGCGGUUACCACCAAAGCUCGCUGUCGUCCUUUAGCCACCAGUCGUACACGGCUCACCAGAGCAGCAUAGGGAUGCAGACUUCAAGUAAAAAGCAGGAGAAGAAACUGAGCUCCGUUUCCAGGGUGCAGACAAGGAAGAAGCAGGAGCAGAAAGUGACCUCCAUCUCCAGGGAGAAGUCUUCGAUUAAGACUCAAGAGGAAAAAAAGGCUUACUACGCCAAGAAACACAAGUGUGCCUGCCUGGCACUGGAUAAAGAGGAGAGUGUUGUUGGAUACGUGAUACCUGUUUGUAGAAGCAGUUAUUUAGCCACACAGGAUCUAAUGGAGAGCCAGGAGGAGGUGAAGGAGGAAGGUCUGGGCUAUGUGGUCAUGAGGAAUCUCUUCUCCAGAGACACUGAUUACCAGCUGAAACUGGUGAAGAAGAGCCGCAGCACGACUAUGAGGGAGUCUGCAGAAAAACUGUCUCUUACCAAGAAGAUUCAAGAAAAGCAUGAGUUCCAGAGGAAACUGAACGCAGACAGUCUGACUCAUCCUCCCGAGUUUGUCGUGAAGCCGCGUGGUCAGACUGUGUGGGAGGGGAAGAGUGUGACUCUACACUGCACUGUGGCUGGCUGGCCCAAACCCCGUGUGGCCUGGUACAAAAAUAAUGUGCUCAUCGAUGCCAAGGCUCACUCUGAGAAAUACACGGCAGAAAGCAACUACAACAUGCACUCUCUGGAGAUUAAAAACUGUGAUUUCACUGACACGGCUGAAUAUCGCAUCUCGGCUCUCAACAUUAAAGGCGAGAGCUCUGCCUUUGCUUCGGUCGUCAUUAAAAGAUUUAAAGAUGGAGAAGUGUCUGAAAGACCCCAUGCUUUCAGUCCUGAAUAUGGCGUCACCUUCAAGACCACCAUUAUUGAUAAGUUUGAAGUGGCCUUCGGCCGUGAAGGAGAGACCUUGAGUUUGGGUUGCACUGUCAUUGUCUAUCCCACUGUGAAACGCUAUCAACCUGAGGUGCUCUGGUACAGGAAUGGUGUGGUUCUGGAACCAUCCAGAUGGGUGCAGAUGCAGUGGAGUGGGCAGCGUGCCAUGCUCACCCUCAUCCACCUCAACAAAGAAGACGAAGGACUUUACACUCUGCGCAUCAACACCAAGUCAGCUUUCGACUCUCACUCUGCCUUUGUGUUUGUCCGAGAUGCUGACGUGGAGGUGGAAGGGGUCCCUGUUGCCCCUCUGGAUGUGAGGUGUCAUGAUGCUAAUAAGGAUUAUGUGGUGGUGACCUGGAAGCAGCCUGCAGUUGAGGGCAGCAGCUCCAUCCUGGGCUACUAUAUAGACAGGUGUGAGGUUGGUACUCACCACUGGACCCAGUGUAAUGACACUCCAGUAAAAUAUGCCCGCUUUCCAGUAACCGGGCUCAUAGAGGGGCGCACUUACGUUUUCCGGGUGAGCGCUCUGAACAUGGCUGGAGUGAGUCACCCUUCUCGUGUCUCUGACCCUGUCGUUGCCAUGGACCCAUCUGACCGAGCCCGUCUGAGAGCUGGUGUUUCUGCUCCAUGGACCGGAAUGAUCAAAUUCACUGAGGAAGAGCCCACUGUUGGUAUAAUCCCUGGGCCUCCUGCUGAUCUGGCUGUGACCGAGGCAACCAAAAGCUAUGUGGUGCUCAGCUGGAAGCCUCCCGUGCAGAGAGGACAUGAAGGAGUUAUGUAUUAUGUGGAGAAGUGUAUGGUUGGCACAGACACCUGGCAGAGGGUGAACACAGGGAUGCCAGUGAAGUCUCCUCGGUUUGCCCUUUUCGACUUGGCCGAGGGCAAAUCCUACACCUUCCGUGUGCGCUGCUGCAACUCCGCAGGUGUUAGCGAGGCGUCUGAGGAAACCGGAGCCACGACUGUAGGAGACAGACUGGACCUGCCCUCAGCACCAGGGCGUGUUGUGCCCAUCAGGAACACAGCCUCCUCUGUUGUAGUGACCUGGGAAGCUUCUAAGGAGGCCAGAAAGCUUGUGCGCUACUAUCUGGAAGUCAGCGUCGUGGGCAGCAAUGUGUGGGUGCCAUGCAACAACAAGCCGGUCAGAGACACUAGGUUUGUAUGUCACGGGCUGAAUACGGGAGACAACUGCGUGUUCAGAGUAAAAGCCAUGAACUCUGCUGGCUACAGCACGUUUUCUAGCGUGUCUGAAUCCUGCAUUGUGAAAGCAGCCAUUGAGGUGCCUUCUCCUCCAUCUGGUCUCACUGUGGUGGAGCAUGUUCGUGACUACAUGGUCUUGAACUGGCAGGCUCCUGCUAAAACCGGAGGAGCCGAUAUCAGAGGCUACUACCUGGACUACAGGACCGUUAAGGGCAGUGUCUCAAGCAAGUGGCACGAGAUCAACACCAAGGCGGUCACUGGCACUUCUUAUAAAGUGGAGAACUUGAAGGAGAAUGUAUUGUACCAGUUCCAGGUUCGUGCAGUUAACCAGGCUGGUAUUAGCGAGGCCUGCAUCACCAGCGUUGCCUUUGAGUGUAAAGAGUACACUGUUGCAUUGCCAGACCCUCCUCAUGGCCUUCAUAUACUGGAGUUGAGAAAGGAUUCAUUGGUGCUGCUUUGGGAGCCACCCACGUUCAGCGGCCGCAGCCCCAUCACUGGCUACUAUGUGGAUAUCAAGCAGGGGGAUGGCAAAUGGAGAGGUGUUCAGGAUAGGUCCACUCAGAAUACAUACUUGCAGAUAUCUGGCCUAAAGGAAGGUGCCUCCUACACACUGCGUGUCUAUGCUAAGAAUAUUGCAGGUGUUGGUGGCCCCUCCAAAGCUACAGACCCCAUCAUCGCACAGACACGCUCAGGCACUAAUGAGAUUGUGGUCGAUGUGGAUGACGAUGGCGUGAUCUCGCUGAUCUUCGAGUGCUCCGAGAUGACCGAAAGUUCUCAGUUUGUGUGGUCGAAGAACUACGAGGCUUUCACCGAUACCUCCCGUCUCACUAUUCAAACAGUCAAGGGAAAAUCCAGAGCCAUCUUUAAUGAUCCUUCACUGGAAGACCUGGGCAUCUACUCCUGUGUUGUCACCAACACUGAUGGAGUUUCAGCCAGCUACACACUGACAGAGGAGGGUCUGAGGCGCUUGUUGGAUAUCAGCCAUGACCACAAGUUCCCCAUUAUUCCUUUCAAGUCCGAAAUGGCUGUUGAGCUGCAGGAGAAAGGACGUGUGCGUUUCUGGGCACAGGUUGCUAAGUUUACUUCCAAAUGUGAAGUGGAAUAUGUUUUCAACGAUAACAUCAUUACUCAGGGAAAGAAAUACACCAUGAAUUUUGACAAGAAAACAGGCAUCAUCGAGCUGUUCAUGGACUCUUUGGAAAUCACAGAUGAAGGAAGUUUCACGUUUGAUCUUGUUGAUGGCAAAGCUACCGGCCGUACCAGUUUGGUGCUUAUUGGAAAUGAGUUUGCUGAGCUUCAGAAGAAGUCUGAAUUUGAGAGAGCAGAGUGGGUCAGGAGACAAGGUCCUCACUUUGUGGAAUACCUCAGUUUCGAGGUUACAAAAGAAUGUAACGUGUACCUGAAAUGCAAGGUAGGAAAUAUCAAAGCUGACACCGAGAUAACCUGGUUUAAGGACGGAAUUGAGAUCGCGGAGGAUGACGAAGAUGGCAAGAAAAUUGGCAUUGCAGUCGACGUGCUGUCCUUCAAUAUUGGCAAGCUUUCCAAGAAAGAUGCAGGUGUUUAUGAGGUGAAACUGUGGGACGAGAGAGGAAAGGAUAAGACUAUGCUGGAUCUGACAGAAGCUGGUUAUAAAGCCUUGUUGAAUGAAAUGUUCCGAGUUAUAGCCCACUCUUCUAGUGAAUUGAAGGUUCAGAGCACCGAGCAUGGAAUCAUCCUCUACACAAAUGUUGUGUAUCACACAGAGGAGCUCCCUGUCGGAUGGUUUCACAAAGAAGGCAAGAUUUCAUACUCGGACAGAGUUCAGUGUGGAGUCACAGGGGAGCAGCUGUGGCUGAAAAUCAAGGAGCCUGCAGACAAGGACAAGGGCAAGUAUGCCAUCGACAUCUUCGCCGGCGAAGGCAGCGUCAGGCGAGUUCUUGACCUCACCGGCCAAGUAUGGGAAGAGGCCUAUUCUGAAUUCCAGAGGUUAAAGGCUGCAGCUAUUGCAGAGAGAAACCGAGCACGUGUGAUCGGAGGCCUGCCAGAUGUGGUCACUAUCCAGGAGGGCAAGUCUUUGAACCUCACCGGAAACGUAUGGGGCGACCCUGUGCCUGAGGUCAGCUGGCUGAAGAACGACAAAGAGCUGGUACGCGACGAUCACAUCACGCUCAAGUUUGAGCACGGCAAGUUCGCCAGCAUCACCAUAGCGGCAGUCAAUUCAUGUGACUCCGGCAAGUACGCACUGGUGGUGAAGAACAAGUACGGCACAGAGGCUGGGGAGUUCACCGUCAGCGUCUACAUACCAGAGGACGAGGCCGAGAAGAAAGAGUAGAGUAAUACAGAAGCUGCAGAAAAGACAAGGGCCGUGAUAUGUCCAGUUUGCAUCCUAUAGCAUUUUAUUUCAAAACAUGCGCAACCUCAAUACAUUGCAAGUGCAUAGACAGAAUAGUAAUAAUUAACACUUUUGGGAAAGACACAUCAGUGACACAUUUGGGAACAUGUAGACCUAAUCUACACAAACAAAACAGCCAAUCAUUUAUGUGAUUACAUUCAAUACUCAGCUUUAAUUACCCAUUUAUCCUAGUCUUCUGACAAUCAUUAGUCAAAGGCGAACAUGUUUUAAAAUAAAAUGCUGUUCAAUACAUAGAACUAGUAUGUGCCUCGAGUGUUUUAAUAUUUUAUUUCUGUUUGUAUUAUCUGUGUUCAUAUUUCCUGUUUUAACAAGAAAUGUUACCUGCAGGUCCUCCUUCUAUGAUUGACAGAACAGUAAGUCGAGAAACAGCUAAGCUCAAAGGGAAACUUUUAAAUUUAUAAAGUCAACAGACUGUAGGAGGGAAAUGUCAUGUAACUGUAGCUGUAUUUUAGGUUAUGGAUGUGCUUGAAUUCAAAGAAGGCUUUCAGGGUAAUAGGCUGUCUGUUUUGCAAUAUCGAUGGUCCGAUAUCACCCUGCAUAUGUCUUCACGACAGAAACUAAAAGUGACGACCGUAAAAUAAAGCCUCGCAUUGCAAAAGGAAAA